UGACACACGAAGAAGAGAACCGAAAAGUCAUGGCGGCUGACAGGUUGUGAUGAGCCAACGAAAAAAAACAGUGGAGUCUUUCAAGUUGGAUUUAAUAGAUUUAAGCCAGUCCAGUGGGUAAAGCUCGACUGACAAGAUGCUGGUAACUCUGAAGACAUUACAACAACAAACAUUUAAAAUUGACAUCGAUGAGGAGGAGACGGUGAAAACAUUAAAAGAGAGGAUUGAAAAGGAGAAGGGGAAGGACAUCUUUUCGGUUGCAGCACAGAAAUUGAUCUAUGCUGGUAAAAUCUUAAGCGAUGACACGCCUCUCAAGGAGUACAACAUUGAUGAGAAGAACUUUGUGGUGCUCAUGGUGACAAAGCCCAAAAUAGCCUCGGCCACCACACAGACUUCAUCAACCUCUUCAGCUCCCGUCACCACGGCUCCUGCAGCUCCUCCUGCAGCAUUGUCUAGUUUAGAGAAUCCAGCAGAGCCGACUCCCUCCGACAACAAGUCAGAGGACAAACCAGAGGUGACGCCACCAAGCUCUGACCCAUUGUCCACCAGCUUUGGCAGUAGCGGAAGCUCUGAGAUUUCACCAAACUUGAACUUGAUAAAUGAAGCUGUUUCAACUCUUGUGACAGGUUCGUCGUAUGAUGCCAUGGUAUAUGAAAUGAUGCUCCUGGGCUUCGGGAGAGAAGAAGUGGUGGCAGCUCUGAGAGCGAGUUUCAACAACCCUGACAGGGCUGUGGAAUACCUGCUGUCGGGUGUGUCAACCAGAGAUCAGGGUCCUGCACCAGGACCUGGUACCACGGCCACUUUAUCAAGUGGAGCUCCAGCUGCUCCCUCCGAAAGUGUUAACACUCCUGCCAACACCGGAUCUUCACCAAGCACUACAGCAGGAACCAGUCCCUUGGACUUCCUAAGAAAUCAGCCUCAGUUCCAGGUGAUGCGACAGGUGAUUCAACAGAAUCCUGUCCUGCUUCCAACAUUGCUGCAGGAGAUCGGCAGGGAGAACCCAGACCUUCUGCACGAGAUCAGCGACCACCAAGAACAAUUCAUCCAGAUGCUGAAUGAGCCAAUUCCAGACUCAGCUCCAACAGGUGGUGGAGGAGGACCGGGUGGAGCUGGAGGAGUGGGAGGCGGUACAUCUGGUGGGGGUCAGAUGAGCUACAUCCAGGUCACACCACAGGAAAAAGAAGCUAUUGAGAGGCUAAAAGCCUUGGGUUUUCCAGAAGGACUCGUCAUCCAGGCCUACUUUGCUUGUGAUAAGAAUGAGAACUUGGCUGCCAACUUCCUUUUACAACAAAACUUUGACGACGAUUAAAGGAGACAAUUUUU